GACGGUUCGUUUCGUGGGGAAAACGUGAUUUGAUGGUGUUUAAAUUUAGUAUUUUGUGGUAAAUUAUGGACUAUUACGAGAGAUAAUAGUCUGAAGAUGGCUUUCAAAACCGCGUUUACGGCGGCCCUAAAGGGUCUUACGUCGGUGGAUCCUAAUGGCGUCCAGUUUUUGCUGUUUAGCGACGACGAUGUUCGCAAACUUAGUGUGGCGAGAAUUACUAAUACCCAGUCAUUCGACUCAAUGGGUAACGCCACUCAAGGGGGCCUUUAUGAUCCUGCGCUAGGGCCUGUCAGGGAUAGAAACGAGCUAUGUACAACAUGCACCAAUCCUCUUCUUCAUUGCUCGGGUCAUUUUGGACACAUUGAACUACCUCUGGUUGUAGUGAAUCCCUUGUUCAUUAAAAAUAUCUACACGCUGUUCCGCAUCAGCUGUUUAAAAUGCUGCAAAAUACAAAUGAAUGACAAAAUAAAAACUCUUUUGACACUUCAAUUGCAAUUACUGGACGCUGGACAUGUGACUGCAGCUUUAGACAUGGAAAUUUUGUACAACAAUGACACAUUGUUGAUGGAAAUGAAUGAAGGUACCCCCAAAGUUCUAAAGAAAUACCAAAAAAUGCUAAAAAAUAAAGAUCCGGUGACUGAAACUUUUCAUAACAAAAACUCUGAUAGACUGAGGGCAAAAAUUGUUAACAAUAUAUUCAAAUCCAUCAACACAUCAAAGAUGUGCAUGUAUUGCACAGCCAAGAUACUAAAAGUAACAACAUCUGAGAACAGAAUAAUGCACACCAUCAUCAGCAAUGACAAGGAAACAAAAGGAAUCAAAAUAUUAAUGCCUGAUGAAAUAAAACGUUACUGCACUUCCAUAGCACAAAAUGAUGAGGCCAUUUUGAAAGAAUGCAUUCCAGUUUUAAAGUACUCAAAAACAGAACCGGCCACAGACAUCUUUUUCAUGGAAAUAGUUCCGGUUUUACCACCGUCUCUGCGACCAUGCAAUGUGUUGAAAGGUGAACUUGUUGAACAUCCCCAGAACAAUAUCUACAAGGCAAUCAUGACAAUGGCGUACAAUGCUCGUGCAAUUUUACAAGUACUCGCUUCACCUAAUCAGAAAACAGUGGACAACUUGGAACAAGGACCAAGGCAGGCCUAUGAAAGUGUUUAUGGUGCAAGCGCUGCUGAAAAACUGCAUACAGUGUGGCAGGACUUGCAAAAACAAGUGAACUACAUCCUAAAUUGUGAAGGUCAAGGUUUAAGUAGUUUAGGUCUCAAACAAGUACUUGAAAGGAAAACUGGAGUCAUUAGAAUGCAUAUGAUGGGUAAAAGAGUCAACUUUGCGGCCCGUUCAGUCAUCACUCCGGACCCUAAUGUGGACAUUGAUGAAAUUGGUGUUCCUGAUGCAUUUGCUACAAAACUGACAUAUCCAGUGCCUGUGACAGAGUGGAAUGUGGAGGAGUUGAGGAAAAUGGUGAUCAAUGGGCCCAAUAAACAUCCUGGAGCAGAGAAACUUGAAAUUGAAAAUGGAAGGAUGAUUCUUAUUCCACCGGAUUCCAUUCAAAAGAGAAAAAGUUUAGCAAAGAGACUGUUGACUCCCGAUGAGUAUAAGAAGUCCAGCCUGAAGAUUGUACAUAGACACUUAGUUAAUGGAGAUGUGUUGAUCUUGAACCGGCAGCCAACACUCCACAAGCCUAGUAUGAUGGCUCACCGGGCUAGGAUCCUGAAAGGAGAGAAGACCCUCCGAUUGCACUAUGCCAACUGCAAAUCCUACAAUGCUGAUUUUGAUGGUGAUGAAAUGAAUGCACAUUUUCCACAGAAGGAAAUAGCCAGAAGUGAAGCUUACCAUGUUAUGUCAGUAAGAAAACAAUAUCUGGUACCAAAAGAUGGCACCCCACUUAGUGGGCUGAUUCAAGAUCAUGUUAUAGCCGGAGUGAAAAUGUCACUCAGGGGCACAUUUUUCACCAAAUCAGACUACCAGCAACUGGUCUUCCAAGCCUUGACUAAUCAUAGAGGAGAGAUUAAACUGCUGCCUCCCACUAUACUAAAACCAAUGGUACUCUGGUCUGGCAAGCAAGUCUUAUCCACAAUCAUAAUAAACAGUGUCCCCAAAGGUAAAUCAUACCUUUCCUUGACUAGCCACGCUAAAAUUAGCGCAAAAGCAUGGCAAAAAACGCCUCCAAGAUCUUGGAAAGCUGGUGGGUCUAAAUUACAAGGAAAUAACAUGACAGAGGCUGAGGUGGUCAUACAAAAAGGUGAACUGUUGUCCGGUGUUUUGGAUAAAACUCACUAUGGAGCCACACCUUACGGUCUCGUACAUUGUAUGUAUGAGCUGUAUGGAGGAGACAGUUCCAGUGCCCUGCUAAGUUCGUUCUCGAAGAUGUUUAGCUUCUACCUACAAUGGAUUGGCUUCACACUUGGGGUAAAAGACAUUUUAGUUGUGGAGGAAGCUAACAAAAAACGAGACGACUACAUCAGAUUGGUGAGAAACACCGGAAAAAUUGCCGCGGCUAAAGCUACCGAACUGCCCGUAGACGUUGACGAUAUCACACUGAAAGACACCAUUGAAGAGAUGAUGCAAAAAGACCCGAAAUUCAGAGCUAAUUUAGACAGGCAGUAUAAAAAUAUGCUUGAUACUCACACAAACAGCAUAAAUACUGCUUGCUUGUCAGAAGGACUGCUGGAAAAGUUCCCAUAUAACAACCUCCAGUUGAUGGUGCAGUCUGGUGCAAAAGGUUCCACUGUCAACACUAUGCAAAUCUCGUGUCUGCUCGGUCAGAUCGAGUUGGAAGGCAAACGUCCACCUCUCAUGAUAUCUGGACGCUCCCUCCCGAGCUUCCCACCUUACGACGUUUCACCUAGAGCUGGUGGGUUCAUAGAUGGUCGCUUUAUGACAGGAAUUCAGCCACAGGAGUUCUUCUUCCAUUGCAUGGCUGGUCGUGAAGGUCUUAUUGAUACAGCCGUUAAAACCAGUAGAUCCGGUUACUUGCAACGGUGCUUGAUCAAGCAUCUUGAAGGUUUAAGCGUGGGAUACGAUCACACAGUCAGGGAUUCCGACAGCAGCGUCGUCCAGUUUGCUUACGGUGAAGACGGGCUUGAUGUUCUGAAAUGCCAAUUUCUGAAAGAAAACCAAUUUGAAUUCCUGGACGUGAACGCCGAUGCUGUUGUCAGCAAAUCUGUCAUCAAAACACUGAAAGAAGACGCGGACCCCAAAAGCAUUGCUAAAGCGCAAAAGUCAUUAAAGAAAUGGAAGAAAAAACAUGGCGAUCCCUUUGCGAAAGUACGGACGAGUCCAUUUGCACAGUUUUCGAUGGUGACCAGAAACAACAUAGACUUGGACGAGAAACCGACUAAUGAAACAAGAGACCCCUAUUAUUGGGAACUGGAAAAAAUGUGGCGUUCGCUUGAUGAGGAAGAAAGGCAGCAAUACGGUAGAAAAUCAUGCCCCGACCCGAUCCCAAGCAAAAUAUCCCCAGAAUCGAAAUUUGGAGUGAUAAACGAGCAGUUAGACGGCAUUAUACAAAGUUAUUUGAAAAAUCGGAAGGAAAGCGCAUACACAAAACUGACUGACAAAGAGAAGUUUUCAGAAGUGAUCAACGCUAAAUACUUGGAAUCCAUGGCAGACCCUGGCGAGCCCGUCGGUCUCUUGGCAGCUCAGUCGAUCGGAGAGCCGUCCACGCAGAUGACACUGAACACCUUCCAUUUCGCCGGUCGUGGUGACAUGAACGUCACCCUCGGUAUCCCACGUCUCAGAGAAAUCCUGAUGACGGCGUCAGCUAAACUUAAAACACCAAACAUGGAUAUACCGUUCAAAGAUCUCCCAAAUUUAAACAAGAAAGCUGAAAAGCUAAGACAGAAACUGAACAGAGUGACCGUAGCUGACGUGCUAGAGAAGAUUGACGUGGAAUGCGAAAUAGUCACGGAACCGAAUCGACAGUUGAAGACGACGUUGAAAUUCUGGUUCCUGCCGAAAUCCCAAUACAAGACUCAAUACGCGGUUAAACCGAAGCAAAUUAUACAUCAUAUGUCGAGGAAGUUCUUCGCGGAGAUGUUCGCAUCGGUGCGGAAGCAGGCGAAGACUUCGAGUGGGGUUGUGUGGUCGGCGGAGAAGGAGAAGAAGCGGCGGCGGCGGGACGAGGAGGACGAGGAAGAUGUCGGGGAAGAGGCGACGGCCGCGAAGGAGCCCGCGGCUGACCCUGAUGACGACAGCUCGGACGACGAACCAAACAACGAUGACGACGACGCUACCCAGGUGAAGAAACGUAACAAGAGAGCAGAAGAACAAGAAUACGAGGAUCCAGAAUCAGGUGAAGAAGAAAAGUCUGACGACGAAGAUCUGAACGAUGAUCCGACCAAAGACAACGAAGACGCGGACAAAGGAAACGGCGACGAAGUGUCAGCCGCCGACAAAACACUCAUGAACGAAGUUGUAGGCAAGAUCGACAGCGCUACCAACUACUGUUUCGACACCAAAAACCACCAAUGGUGUGAAUUAACCGUACUCUUCCCUAUAUCAUUCUUAAAAGUUGAUCUUUCACAAGCCCUCAGAGACGCCGCUGCAAAAUCAGUCAUACAUGAAGUGAAAAAUAUCAAGCGUGCAAUCACCAACAGGGAGAAGAAUAUUCUGUAUCUCAAGACGGAGGGCAUAAACAUUGUUGAAAUGUUCAAAUAUGACGAUUUGCUGCACGUUGACAAGCUGUACAGCAAUGACGUUCAUGCUAUAGCUCGAACUUACGGCAUCGAGGCAGCUAACAAGGUGAUCAUAAAGGAAAUUCAGAAUGUGUUCAAUGUUUAUGGAAUCACGGUAGAUCCCAGGCAUUUGACGCUGGUAGCGGACUACAUGACUUACAAUGGGGUUUUCGAACCGAUGAGUCGAAAAGGAAUGGAAUCUUCGACGUCCCCUUUGCAGCAGAUGUCUUUCGAGUCCUCGCUGAUAUUCCUGAAGGAGGCCGUGUUGAACGCUAAGGUGGAUAACAUUCAUUCGGCGUCAAGUUGCGUGAUGUUAGGGCAGCCUUGCAGAAUAGGAACAGGCGCGUUCGACGUGCGGCCGCUCAUACCGCAGACUAAUAGUAAGAAAAAGUUUGAUGAUAUCAAGGAGGAAUAGAUAUAAUUUUUGUGUACUGCCAUAGUUAAGCCGCUCUAUUGAUAAAAUAUGAACAUGUACAAAACUACCCUCCUAAUGGUUUUGCAACUAAUUGUAAGUAAAAAGCUUGGCUGUGAAGAUGGUUAACAGUCAAAUAGAAGAUAAAAGCAAAU